AAUUUUUAUAUUUUAAAUUUUUAUAUAAUAAAAUAAUGUAUUAAAAAGUAAGUACAUACAAAAAAAAGAAACAAGCCCGACACGGUGAAAAAAGGGAGUAGGCUUUUUGCUGCGAUCGCACAAAAACUUGGGGACGCUCUGUCGGUUCUCUGUUUUUUUAAUAUAAGCAAACUGCAAUUGUAAGUUGAUAUUUUUAGUUUGAUUUUGGUAUUGUUUAUGCAUAGAUCGAGGCCUAGAUGUAUUUUGUGUGCUUGUGUCAAAAGCUCAAAAUUAGUUCGAAUUCUAAAGAAAAUAGUUUAAAGCUUACUUUUUUGGUUUAAGUUUUAGUUUAAGUUUUAUUUUAUCAUAAAAAAUAGAUUUUACCUUUACAAAAUUUUACUAGUAUGUAAUUUAGUUUUUAAAUUCUAUAUCUUAUGCACUAAGAUAUACUAAUUUAGUUUGGGGUAAGUUAAUUUUAUUUAGUUAAAAAAUAAGGACGAGUUAUCUUUAAAAUGGGACGAAAAGCAAAAUCUAAUAUAUUGGACUUGGUUGGAUAUUUCAAUUCGAAAAAUUUAUGUUAUCAGGAGAUUUGUAGCCUUACAGCAAGUAGUGAUAUUUUAAAAAAAGCCUCAAUAAUUUUAUUUGGUUAUGCUAAUGAAAAAUCGUGUUACGGUAUUCUUAGAAACAUAAGACGGAAUUCAAAAAACAUUAAGACUAAAUUUUCUAAAAUCUCAAAACUGGCCAAAGACCCAGAAGAUAACACUGCAGAUAUUACAUUACAUGUUAUUAAUUAUUUAAAAAAAAAUGACUUCACAAUAAAUGAUUUAAAUCUACAAUGGAGUAAUAUGUUUUAUAAAAUAUGUGAUGAAUUUCAAUUAAAGAAAUCUUCAAAGAAUUCCAAAAAAAUGCGGAUCUCAGUAAAUAGAAAAUGGAAAAAAAUCGAACUCUCUAUACAAACAAAAAACAUUUUUGAUAUAAAUGCAGACACUGAUAAUGUUAGAUUAUCUCCUACUCAUGAUAAAUCGGAACAAAAUAUUAACAACCCACCUUUAAUUCAACCUCGCUGUGAAAGUUUCAAUAAUAAUCAGUGUAGCUCGGCAUCGUUAAAUAAAUCUUUUGAAAGACAAAAUCAAAAUAGUUCAAUACCGAAAGAAAUAUUUCCAUCUAACUAUGAUAAUUUUGAUACUGAUUUUGAAAAUUUUGCAAAUACAUCUACGGAAAAAAAGAAUAUUUCAUCCGACUUUGAAACCAUAGAUAUCGACCAGAGAUUAGAUUUUAUCCAUGUUCAAAAAUUCAUAUGGAAGAAAUUAAAUUAUAUUAUUAUAUUAAUGGAAGAAAUUCAGCACCAAAUCGACAAAAAUGUUAACAACAAUAUGCCAAAUAAUGAUUAUUUUAAUGCUGACUUUAUACAAUUGAUACUAAAAAAGUAUAUGGCAAUUUUGCCUUUAUGGAGUUGUAUAAUCAUGGAGACUAAUCAAAAACGAGUUAGCAACGCUCCGGUAGAAAAUUGGUUUGGGUUUAUAAAAGCUAUUGUAUUAGAGGGAUCUAGGCCGCAGAAAUGUAGCCGCGUAGUAAGAAAAAUUAGAAGACGUGUAUUAAUGAUUGCAAAUGAAGAACAAUUAAAAAUUCCCAAAGAACGUUGCGCGACUCAAAAAGCCCUUAUAAGCAAAGAUCAUGAACCCGAUUACAUUUCUGAAACAGAGGAAUAUAAUAAUUAACUGAGAGAGAGAGAGAGAGAGAGAAUUUUAUUAGUAUGUAGUUUAGUUUUUAAAUUCUAUAUCUUAUGCACUAAGAUAUACUAAUUUAGUUUGGGGUAAGUUAAUUUUAUUUAGUUAAAAAAUAAGGACGAGUUAUCUUUAAAAUGGGACGAAAAGCAAAAUCUAAUAUAUUGGACUUGGUUGGAUAUUUCAAUUCGAAAAAUGUAUGUUAUCAGGAGAUUUGUAGCCUUACAGCAAGUAGUGAUAUUUUAAAAAAAGCCUCAACAAUUUUAUUUGGUUAUGCUAAUGAAAAAUCGUGUUACGGUAUUCUUAGAAACAUAAGACGGAAUCCAAAAAACAUUAAGACUAAAUUUUCUAAAAUCUCAAAACUGGCCAAAGACCCAGAAGAUAACACUGCAGAUAUUACAUUACAUGUUAUUAAUUAUUUUAAAAAAAAUGACCACAAUAAAUGAUUUAAAUCUACAUAGGAGUAAUAUGUUUUAUAAAAUAUGUGAUGAAUUUCAAUUAAAGAAAUCUUCAAAGAAUUCCAAAAAAAAUGCGGAUCUCAGUAAAUAGAAAAUGGAAAAAAAUCGAACUCUCUAUACAAACAAAAAACAUUUUUGAUAUAAAUGCAGACACUGAUAAUGUUAGAUUAUCUCCUACUCAUGAUAAAUCGGAACAAAAUAUUAACAACCCACCUUUAAUUCAACCUCGCUGUGAAAGUUUCAAUAAUAAUCAGUGUAGCUCGGCAUCGUUAAAUAAAUCUUUUGAAAGACAAAAUCAAAAUAGUUCAAUACCGAAAGAAAUAUUUCCAUCUAACUAUGAUAAUUUUGAUACUGAUUUUGAAAAUUUUGCAAAUACAUCUACGGAAAAAAAGAAUAUUUCAUCCGACUUUGAAACCAUAGAUAUCGACCAGAGAUUAGAUUUUAUCCAUGUUCAAAAAUUCUGCCAAUUAACAGUAUAAAUUUAGAAGAUGCAACUUUAGCGAAACGUCCGCCGUAUGUUAAUUGUAAAUUCUUUGAAGGAGAUUUUUUAAUAAUCAAGAAGGAAUAUAAACAAAUGUUCAAUAACCUAAAACCUAUUCCUGAGCAGUGGACUUAUUUGCUGUGCAGGAAAUUUCAAAAAAUAAAUAAUGUAUGUAUAUUAUGCGUCAAAGAAAAGCGUUAUAUAUCAAGAAAAAAUGUAUUAAAAAUUUAUGGAUACUGCAAUCAUAAAUCUUGUAAAGUUUUCGUCAUUUUUAUUCAUCAGUUCACUUGUAAUGAUGCAAAUUAUCACAAAGUAACAGUAUACAGUUCUUCUCUGAAUUAUAACCAUAUAAAGCCACUUACUAAAUAUGUUAAAGGCGUUGAGAGAGAUUGCAAGAAACGAAUUAGGUAUUAUCAAGGCCUCUAAAAUUCGCGAAAAAAAAAUUCUAACCGCAAAUCAUAAAAUAAUAAAAGAAGGUAAUUUACAAUCAAUUAAAUCGGAUACUGCAUUUCGAAAGAUGAGAUCGGAACAUUUCGGAAAAAAUGACCGUCACUCUGAUGAUUUUUACGAUAUGUGCCUGAUGAUGCGAAAUAAUAACAGUUAUCUUAAGGGUGUAGGCGAGCCAUUUCUUAUGUAUAUAUUACUUAUAUAUAUUCUAUAUUUUUAUAUUAUAUUUUUUUCAUAAUGGAAUUGUACGUUCCAAUAAUUAUUAUAAGUCUAUAGAUAAAAAUUAUAUAAUUGGGAAGUUUAGGGGAAAAGAAGUGCAUUUUGACGACUUACAUUCUCUUCAAUGUAAAAAUUGGGUUAAUGACACUUUGAUAGAUAUAGGUUUAUUAUACGUAAAAAAAAUUCUAACCGCAAAUCAUAAAAUAAUAAAAGAAGGUAAUUUACAAUCAAUUAAAUCGGAUACUGCAUUUCGAAAGAUGAGAUCGGAACAUUUCGGAAAAAAUGACCGUCACUCUGAUGAUUUUUACGAUAUGUGCCUGAUGAUGCGAAAUAAUAACAGUUAUCUUAAGGGUGUAGGCGAGCCAUUUCUUAUGUAUAUAUUACUUAUAUAUAUUCCUUAUUUUUAUAUUAUAUUUUUUUCAUAAUGGAAUUGUACGUUCCAAUAAUUAUUAUAAGUCUAUAGAUAAAAAUUAUAUAAUUGGGAAGUUUAGGGGAAAAGAAGUGCAUUUUGACGACUUACAUUCUCUUCAAUGUAAAAAUUGGGUUAAUGACACUUUGAUAGAUAUAGGUUUAUUAUACGUAAAUAGAAACAACACCGGUAACAUAU